AGAGAGCGGCUGUGGUGGAGCUCGGCUGCCCACUCGAGCGGAACCACGACACUGUCUCUUCUAACUCCUUGCAGGAAAGGAAAAAAAAAAAAAAAAAAAAAGGAAUCUCCCCCAAAAGAGCAUUUUAACCUGCUGAGGGAGAUGAGUUUUGGCCUCAGCCUUGCACAUACUGUGGUAAAUUUUGGCAUAACAGGGGAAAGGAAUUUCUCUUCUCAUUUCACUGUGGUUUUGCUUUAAUAAAAGGAGUAUAGUUAGCUUUGCAUUGGUUUGCGCUGGCCAGAACUCACUGAUCCUGGUUUGUUUGUUCAUUCAUUGCAUCACUGUAAAGUAUGUGUUUUCUUUUUCAUUGUUCCCUGGCAUAUAUAUAUAUCUAUAUAAGCAUGUGUGUACAUAAAUAUAUGAACUCUGCAGGAAAUAUAUAUUGAAAUGGGAAUAUAAAUAUGUAUAUAUGUAAAACAAAGAAGUAUAUAGAAAAAAUAUGUAUAUGAAAUAAACAUUUAUGAAAAAUAUACAUGGAAAACAUGGUAGAUAUGGAAACAGGAAUAUAAAAAUAAUUGCACCACUCCCAAAGGAAGUCAUCAAAACCACUUCUCAACCAAAGCACCUUAGAAGUCCCAGCAGGGUAGGAUUGGUGACAGGAGCAUUAAAAAGCAAUUAAAUCGGGUGGGUUGCUCAGAACAAAGAUACGUCCUUGCUACCUGCUGUGUACCAGUGCUGCCCACUGCAGAGGUGAGGUCCCCACUGGCGAGGAGCAGAGGACGCCCACGGUGUGUGCAUCCCCUGCAGGAAGAAGCGGAAAGAGAACAACUGCCUUGCUCAGAAUUGGGUCUGUAGAGAUGGGUUUGGUUGUUCUCAGCCAUAUCUAUAUUAGAGAAAACAAGAAGAGGGAUUCUCUUGUAAGAGCUAUAGUGGCAAAAGGGGAGCACAGGGCACCUGAGUUUUUGGAAGGCUGUGAUGCCAGCUACCAGGUGAAUUAACAGUUAUACCACGUCUUUCUCUGCAGUGCUGGGGAGUUUCACCCUGAGUAAUCUGGGCUUUCUGUAGGAUUUCCUGCAGCAUUUUGACCCCUGUUCCUCUGUCAGGAACUGGGUACAUUGUCUGGCAUGCAGCUAAAUCCCAUGCACUUCUCGCACCUGGGCACAGAGUUUAUUUGAUUUUUCCACCUCAAGUCCCAGACAGGCUCACUAAUGCCCAUUUUACACUGAUUUACCCGCAUCGGUAUGGGAAAGCUGUACUGCAACAUCUGGUUGCAGGGACAGAAACUCUAUAAGCAGCAUGGUGAUUUCCAUAAUCCUAGACUAUACGAAGCUGAUGUGGGUAGGCUUACCCCCCAAGUUUUCUUUAAAACUGAUUCUUUUCUCAUUUUGCUUUAAAUAUAUGUUUAUGUAUGCUCCUGGAGUGUUGUUCUGUGUUUCCCAUUGAUUUCUGAGAAAAAGAGUCAGGAAGCAUUGGUAUAUUUAAUACAUUUAAUGUAAGCAUGAAUUUAAACAGACAUUUUCUUGUAUUUAAAACUCCUGAGUAUGAAUUUUAAAAUCAAAAAGCAUAGAGAAGGAAGUUAUAAAUGUGAAGAUUUGUUGUGCCACCUUUUUUUUUAAGAAUUUAUUUUCUCUCAAAUGAUGGCACAGCUCCACUUCCUUAUACUCCAGAAUAGCUUAACCCCAAAAUAAUAAAAAAUUGAAUAGUUAUGGAAGACUGAGGAUGAUUUUCAUCUUUCCUCUGUGCAACAAUGCAAGCAAAAGAAUCUUUAAGAACACUCCACCAAAAAGGCAUUCUGAAAGUUGGAGGCAUUAAAAAAAAGCAGCCACUGCAGAUGCCUGGGUCACCUUUUCAGCUGUGUUUUCCCCCUUUCUGUGCCGUGAUUCACUAUCAAAAGCAGCCUCACCUUGCAUGCAGAUCUCCAGGCUGCUGAUGUCAGGAAAUGCCCCCACUUUUCCCUUCCCUUCCCUUGUUGCACUGAAGUGUGAUCCGUAUUAUCACACCGAUCAUAUUACAUAUGAGCAUACAAUAGAUGAUAUAUAUAUAUAUAUAUAUGCAAAUGAAUGAAUAAAAAAAUUGAACACUUGGCAGAGUAACUGAUACUGAAAUAAAUUUCCAUUGUUUUGUCAAGUUGCUUUUUGAUGCACGUUGGUUGAAAAUCAAAUCUUUUAUAAUAGGAGCAAUAGCCAGUGUAGGUCUUUUUAGGCGCUGAGUCUGCCCUUUAAUUUAUAAUUUUCAUUGUAGCUUUGUGGAUAUAACUCACAGUGCUUCUGGUGGAAAUGGCCGAGGAGAAUCAAACCGGACAAGUUACAGAGCUGACUCUUGUGGGACUCACGGACAACCCCAGGCUGCAGGCACCUCUCUUCGUGCUGUUCCUCCUCAUUUAUGCCACCACGUUGGCAGGGAACCUGGGGAUGGUUGUGCUGAUCAGGAGCAGUGGCCAACUUCAGACGCCCAUGUACUUUUUCCUCAGCAGUUUGUCUCUCCUGGAUGCUUGCUACUCAACAGUGGUGGCACCAAGAACCUUAGUGAACUUUCUGACGGAGAGAAAAACCAUCUCCCUGGCUGGCUGUGCUGCCCAGAUGUUUUUUUUCAUAGGUUUUGGGACCACCGAGUGCUUCCUGCUGGCUGCCAUGGCAUACGACCGCUACGUGGCCAUCUGCAACCCUCUGCUUUACAUGGCCAUCAUGUCUCGACGGGUCUGCAUCCUGCUGGUGGCCGGCUCGUACAUCCUUGGGCUGCUGCACUCUCUGGUGCACACAGACUUCACCUUCAGAUUGUCUUUCUGCCAGCCGGCUGAGGUCAAUCAUUUCUACUGUGGUAUCAUGCCUGUUCUAGCACUGUCCUGCUCUGACACCCACAUCAACAGGUGCUUGAUAUUUGGUCUUGGAGGACUGGUUGAGAUGGUGACCAUCCUGGCCGUCCUGGUCUCCUAUGCCUUCAUCCUCUCUGCCAUCUCAAAGAUCAGCUCCCCUAAGGGCCAGCACAAAGCCUUUUCCACCUGCACCUCUCACCUGGCCGGAGUCACCAUCUUCCAUGGGUCUAUCCUCGCCCUGAACUUCCGACCAAGCUCCAGCAAUGUCCUGAACACUGACAAGAUCUUUUCUGUGUUUUACUCUCUGGUGGUGCCCAUGCUGAACCCUCUGAUCUACAGCCUCAGGAACAGGGACGUGAGGAAUGCCCUGAAGGAGUUCGUCAUGUGGAAGUAGCUCUGGCACAAUAUUGAUCUACUGGUUUUGUGAUAGAGGACUCCAUAACUUCACUUGAUGUCAAGACUUUCUGUUUCCCUGCCUUAUACUUGAGAAUGCCAGAUUUGGCUUUGAAUAUUUGCAAGGAAUCUGUUGUCCAGAGAGGUUGUGCAGGCUCCUCCUCGGAGCCUCCAGAAAACACCAGGAAACGAUCCUGGGCAACCUGCUCUGGGUGUCCCCCCUAGAUUUUUGCGCCAGGAACAUGAUUCCACAGAGCCUUCAAGCCUUUCUGUAGCUUUGAAGAAAAAGUCCUGGGGACCAGGACUGGGCAAGCGGGGCACAAGUGUGCUGGG